AUGAACAACCGCGAUGAGCCCAUGGAUAGACCGGUGCUGGUAAGCCUGCUCGCAUACGUCUUUUUUAUAUGGUACCUAGUGGUCAUAACCGUUGCAUACAACGGUUUUUUUCAUAUUAUUUUCAAGUUCACGCGAAAUUCCAGGUCGAAGAUAGAUUCACAGAUCAAAAGCGCGGAACUGGAGGGCGUCACCAUCCUGAGACCACUGAAAGGCAUUGAUCCAGAAAUGGAAAUCUGCCUCCGGUCCUCGUUCGAACAAAAAUACCCCAAAUCCAAGCUGGAAUUAAUCUUCUGCGUUCAGGACAAGGAUGAUCCGUCAAUUCCGGUGGUCGAGGGGCUCAUCCCACAGUAUCCAGAUGUGGAUGCCAAGCUCAUGAUCGAUCAACAUCAAGAUUCUAAAGACACCUUUGGGCCCAAUCCUAAGGUUAACAACCUUGCGAAGGGAUACAAAGCUGCAAAGUAUGACAUUCUUUGGAUUCAGGACUCCAAUGUGUGGUCUCAUCCAGAUACAUUGCAAAGAUCUGUGGUGUCUCUAACACAGUCACUGAACAACGGUUGUCUUACUUCGCGAAAAGUUAGCUUGAUUCACCACGCCCCGCUAGCUGUGUCCUUGGGAGAUUUCCCGACAGCUACGCUAGGGGCCAAUUUGGAUGAGCUGUUCCUGGCCACCUCGCACUCGAAGUUCUAUGUUUCCUUUAACGAGCUUGCUGUUGCUCCCUGCGUGAAUGGAAAAUCCAACGUUUACAGGCGUUCGGACCUUGAUGAGGCUGUCUAUCGCAUGGGACAACUUGCAACCGCUCCCAGCUCCAAUGGCCAAAGUGGUGACAUUCACAAGGAUGCGAGGUACUACAGCUUGCAGCCGGGCCAAGGAAUACGGUUUUUUGCUAGAUACAUCGGAGAGGACAACAUGAUUGGCAUUGCUUUGUGGGAUUAUGGUCACGGACGCACUGGCAUGACAGGUGACUGCGUGGUCCAACCGCUUGGAGGCUCAAACUGUUUGAUGGACUACUGCUAUCGAAGAGUUAGAUGGCUCAGGGUCCGCAAAUACAUGGUUCUUGCUGCUACACUCUUAGAGCCUACGACGGAGUGUCUUCUCUGCGGCCUAUAUGGCAGCUUUGCUGUUGGUGUGAUUUUUCAGAACAUUCUGUUUUCGAGAUCAUACUUUGUCUUUCACGUCCUUGCAUGGUUUCUAACUGACUACAUCCAGCUACAACACUUGUUUGAUUGCGUUCGUGGUGGAGGCCCACAGGAGCCAUUUUUCAUCAGGCUCGAGAGUCGGAAAACUCCAGAUAAAGGCAUCAAAUGGUUUUUUAUCCACUGGUGUUUGCGUGAGUUGUUGGCGUUCCCAAUCUGGGUUGUCGCUGUUUUAGGGUCGCGGAUCGAAUGGAGAGGCCAAACAUUCCGAAUUAAGUCGGAUCUGAGCGCAGAAAAAGUAUAG